AUGGACAAUGAAUCUACGUAUGAUGCUCUCUUUAAAGCUGCUGUUGACAUAAUACAGAGCCUUCCAAAAAAAGGCGUGAUCAACAUUUCGACAAAUCAAAAAUUACGGCUUUAUUCACUGUUUAAGCAGGGAAUACAUGGGAAAUGCGACGUUCCAUGUCCACCAAUUUGGCAUGUUGUUGAUCAAAUGAAAUGGCGUGCUUGGGAUGCUCUUGGGUCAAUGGAUUCGUUGGAGGCGAAAAAAGCGUAUAUUGCAGAGUUGAUGAAUAUUAUCAACCAUGUGCAACAUAACUACGAUAUAGCAGAGUUAGCAAAAGAAAGCGACGAGCAAGCAAAAAAAUUAUUGAGAGAAAGACUUUCCAUUCUUGGAUAUGAUAUAAGUGACUUAAAAAUGAGAGAAGAUUUGGGUGAUUUUAGAAAACAAUUAUGCAAUACGAAUGAGGAAAGCUACGAAAUGAGAACACACAUGUGUAAUAAUCGAACUAAUGAAUUAUCCGAUCAGUGUUCAGAAUCGAGCACUUCUACCGGAGAAUACAUUGAUGCACUUUGCUGUAAUAAUGAGCCAUGUAUUUGCUGCCGGGAACAACUACUAAAGCAAAGGAUAGAUCAUACGAAUGAUAGUCAUUCUUCCUUUUCUAUUUUCGACAUAGAAAACUUGAAAAUAGUAAUGCGACGACAUCUGAAGAAAUUUCUGCAAUCAGAUAUUAUCAUGAUGGCAUCAUUAUCGACAAGCAAAGCUGAUGCGAAAAUGACACUUCCGGUUGGGAACGAAUGUGUUAAAGACACAAAUGUACAGUUACUUUUAACGAAGAUCGAUGAUUUGGAGAAAAUGAAAGGAGCAGUAAGUGAAACAUUACUGGAUGUUGUUGAUAAGCGGAUAGCAUAUCCCAGGAUGAUUACUUCGUACGUUUCUGAAGCUGGGAAAUACAGAAUGAAGAGAAUAGAAGAAGCAGAAUUAGUUUGGCAGACGGAAUCUAUGGAAAAAAAGGAUGUUAAAAAGAUGCUGGAGAUGAUUAAUGAAGCAAAAAAGACUGAAAAGGAAAACGAUGCACUUCUACAACGUUUUCAAGAGUUGAAAAGAGAAAAUGAAGUAUUGGAAAAAGCGGCAAAAAUGAACGAUAAAACUAUUAGAAAUAUGAUGUAUUGA